AUGGCCGACGAAAAGAAGCCCGCCGCGGCCACCACGGAGCAGCACUCCCUCAUCAAUACCACCUUCCCCGUCUUUCUGCCACAUAUUUCAGAACUUCACAUCAGCAAAGACGACUUCCGCGCCCACAUCCGGACUCUGCUCCCACCUGCAGCCCAUCCACUUCCCAUCCGAGCGAAGCAAGAAGCCUGUGCUGCCGAGGAGAGCGUAAAGCCGUCUGAAACGCUACAGCCCGGUCCCACCGACGACACCAGCCCUGCCGAUGAGAAAGUCACACCAUCUGAAACGGAGGGUAUGAAAGACGCUGCCUCUGCUGAGGAAAACGUCAAACCGUCUGCCACGCCACAGUCUGAUCCCACGAACGACACCAAGUCAUGGGCCGAGAUCGCUGCUGCGAAGAUUAAUGCACCCUUCAUUGACAACCUCGUAAAGCACAAGGCUGCUGUCCCGUCUCUUGACUCUCGGGAUGGCAAGAUGCUCACCGAGAAUGCCGAUAUGGCUUACAAGACUUCUGGCGAGGCUCUGGUUGACCUGUUCUUCGAGCUGGAGGAUGUGAUUUCGGCCGACAGACUGAAGCAGGUCCUGGAGCACGCCUGGGCAGAUGACGCCGAAGCCACGCUGAAGAUCAUCUGGAAUUCGCGCUCCAUUCAUCUCGGAAAGAGCAGCAGAACGACCUUCUAUCGUGCGGUUGGCUGGCUGGCACAGGAGCAUCCGCUCACGCUUGUGGAGAAUCUGGUGUGGCUGGUGAGACCACUGAUAGCGAAGAAGGCACCGUCGAAGGAGGCGAAGAAUGAGCUUGGUGGGGAGGGUGAGAUGGUCAAGAAGGAGGAUGUGGACAGUGACUUUGAGAUGGUCGAAGGUGAAGACGACGGAGACCACAAGCUCGAGGGAGAGCCACAGAAGAAGAAGCUGAAGUUGGACGAGGAUGACAAGCUGACGGAGUUUGAUGUCAAGUAUGGCGUCUCGCACGGCUACUGGAAGGACUUGCUCAACAUCCUCACUCUUGCUGCCGCCGACCAGCUGAAAGUUGAUGGCAGUCCCAAGGCCGUGCUAAACGUGGAGAAGCCGACCGAGAAGAAGUACAAGCGGGACUGGACUGCAGGACGCAAGAAGGCUGUGACUUCCGAAAGGCAUGAUCGUGCUGUGGAGAAGUUGCAGAACGGCAAGUUAUAUCAAGCACUUCACCUCACCGUCGCUCGCCUCUUCGCCGACCAGCUGAAGACAGACCUCGCUCGACUGCAGUCCGGAAUGAAAGCGGAGGUUAAACUCAUCAGCUUGGCCGGCAAAUGGGCACCUACCCACAAAGGCGCCCACGAUCAGCAUACAUGCAUCGUCUCCACCAUUGCUGAGCUGCUCCAUCCUUUCGACAGUGUCUGUCCCGAAGGCGUCGAUCCCGACGACCGAGAGCUGUACCUGAAGUAUGCUCGCAUCGCUUACCAGUCCAAGACCCUGUCGCCGUUGCGAAAGCACCUAAGCAUCGUUGAGCGUGACAUUACAGACGAGACAUUCUCCAACAUCAAAUAUGAGCGAGUGCCUUCUUUGGCGAUGAAGCAGUACACGCGACUCUUCGCCAGGAAGGACUUUGACCAUUUUGACCAGUAUAUCGAGAACGUGGCGUCGGGCAAGAAGAAGAUCUCAGGCGCGACUCUGCUACCCAGUACUCUCGUCAACGUGGUGAUGCCUAACAGUUUCAUGGGAAUGACCACGAAGCAACACGGAGCGGAUUCUAUGGUAGAGGAGAAGCUCCGCGAUAUCCAAGCUCGCACCGUCGACGCUCAAUGGAACACCCUCGUCCAGCGCAUUAAAGAUUCCGGGACUCUUGAAUCUUCAAUCGCUGUUUGUGAUGUGUCUGGCUCGAUGAGUGGUCCGCGCUUUGCCGACGGCACAACUCCGAUGGACUCCUCCAUUGGUCUGGCUCUUCUCCUGGCUGAAGUCACCGAACCGCCGUUCGGCGGCGCCAUGAUCACUUUUUCGAAGCGUCCGCAGAUCAUCCAAGCGGGUGGCAAAGACGAUAAGCGCACUUUCGAACAGAAGGUCACGUACAUCUCUCGCGCGGACUGGGGCGGCAACACUGAUUUCGUGGCGGUGUUCGAAGAGCUCAUCCUGCCGAUGGCCGUCGAGCACAAACUCACGCAAGAGCAAAUGGUGAAGCAGGUGUUUGUGUUCUCCGACAUGCAGUUUGACGAAGCAGGGGGGCAUGGGCGUGAAGACAGGUGGAGUACUUCGUACGAGCGCAUCCAGAAGAAGUUCAAGGAGGCUGGGUAUGAGAUGCCGCGUCUCAUCUUCUGGAACCUUGCCGGUGGGCGAGCGGGUUAUCAGCAGAAUGGCUUGACCGAGUACGAACGAGCGAUGGCGGGGGAUGACGCUGCGCCAAAGCCGGUGACUGCGAGUGAAGAAGGGACAGCGUUAGUGAGUGGGUACAGUCAGGGGAUGCUGAAGGUGUUUUUGGAUGGUGGUGGGUUUGGGGAGGAGGAGGAGGAAGAGGUUGUGGAGAAGGUGGGAGAGGAUGGGGAGGUGGUGGUGGAGAAGGAGAAGAAGAAGCAGAAUUCGAUGGCGGUGGUGAGGAAGGCCGUGGGGCAUGAGGCGUAUCGCAUGUUGAGGGUGGUGGAUUGA